AUAAAUGAAAAGAGAGAAAAGGGCUUUAAAGCGCAAAGGCACACGCCAUUUAUAAAUAGGGGAAGCAAAUAUUAUUAUUAUCAUCAUCACCAUCUUCUCCUUGUCCUAAAUCUCUCAAGCUCUCAACUCUCAACCACUAUGGAUCCUUACAAGUAUCGGCCAGCGAGUUCUUACAACUCACCAUUCUUCACCACCAACUCUGGUGCUCCUGUAUGGAACAACAACUCCUCCAUGACCGUUGGACCUAGAGGUCCCAUCCUUCUCGAGGAUUACCAUCUCAUCGAGAAGCUAGCCAACUUCGACAGGGAACGUAUUCCCGAGCGUGUGGUUCACGCUAGAGGAGCCAGUGCUAAAGGUUUCUUCGAGGUCACUCAUGACAUCUCCCACCUCACAUGUGCAGACUUCCUCAGAGCUCCCGGUGUUCAGACUCCACUCAUUGUUCGUUUCUCCACCGUUAUCCACGAGCGUGGAAGUCCCGAGACCUUGAGAGACCCUCGUGGUUUCGCAGUCAAGUUCUACACUAGAGAGGGAAACUUUGAUCUUGUGGGAAACAACUUCCCUGUCUUCUUCAUCCGAGACGGGAUGAAGUUCCCUGACAUGGUCCACGCCCUCAAACCAAACCCCAAAUCACACAUCCAAGAGAACUGGAGAGUGCUAGACUUCUUCUCACACCACCCUGAGAGCUUAAACAUGUUCACUUUCCUCUUCGACGACAUCGGUAUCCCACAAGACUACAGGCACAUGGAAGGAUCAGGUGUCAACACAUACAUUCUCAUCAACAAAUCCGGCAAAGCUCACUACGUGAAGUUCCACUGGAAACCAACUUGUGGAGUCAAGUCUCUAUUAGAAGAAGAUGCUAUCCGAGUAGGAGGAACCAACCAUAGCCACGCCACUCAAGACUUAUACGACUCCAUUGCUGCUGGGAACUACCCUGAGUGGAAGCUCUUUAUUCAGAUAAUCGAUCCAGCUGAUGAAGACAAGUUCGACUUUGACCCUCUCGAUGUGACCAAGACCUGGCCUGAGGAUCUUUUGCCUCUACAGCCCGUUGGGCGUAUGGUGUUGAACAAGAACAUCGAUAACUUCUUUGCGGAGAAUGAGCAGCUUGCCUUCUGUCCUGCUAUCAUUGUUCCCGGGAUACACUACUCUGAUGAUAAGCUGCUUCAUACGCGUGUCUUCUCUUAUGCUGAUACUCAGAGACACCGUCUUGGACCUAACUACCUUCAGCUACCGGUUAAUGCUCCUAAAUGUGCUCACCAUAACAACCACCAUGAGGGGUUUAUGAACUUCAUGCACAGGGACGAGGAGGUCAACUACUUCCCAUCGAGGUAUGAUCCGGUUCGUCAUGCUGAGAAGUAUCCAACUCCACCUGCUGUCUGCUCUGGGAAACGUGAGAGGUGUAUUAUUGAGAAGGAGAACAACUUCAAGGAGCCUGGAGAGAGAUACCGUUCCUUCACACCAGAGAGGCAAGAAAGAUUCAUCCGUAGAUGGAUUGAAGCACUAUCAGACCCUCGCAUCACACACGAAAUCCGGAGCAUCUGGAUCUCUUACUGGUCUCAGGCUGAUAAAUCGCUGGGACAGAAGCUGGCAAGCCGUCUGAACGUAAGACCAAGCAUCUAAGAUGAGUGAGAAGGAUUCUUGAUUUGGUCCUUGUGUGAUUCUAAUAGGCAGAGAAGAAAAGAUGGAAAGAAGGGAAAACUUCAGAUAUGCCACAAUAUCAUUUUCAUCAUGUGGAUCUUAUAUGCUAUAUUGUAAUGUUAAAUUGUGUUUGUGACUUUAGACUGGUCUCAUGUUUAUCAGAAUAAUGCAUCAAGAUAUACAAUAAACGGUGUUACUUGAUAAGAGCU